CUUAUAGAUGUUUAAUGUCACUUUAUGUUCACCAUAGUGCUUUUAGGUACUAAUAAUAUUGUAAUGUUGUGUAUAAUUGUAAUAAUCUUAUACAUAGUAUAACACAGAAUUUAUGUUCACAAUAUGUUACCUCUGAUUAUGUGUCUUACUGCUGAUGUCCUGACCUUCCGAGGUCAAAGGUCAACUAAAGUCUAAAAAGAGACACGUGAUUGUUUGUUAUGUUGAACUUGAGUGACAGGUGUGUUCGUGUGUGUGUGUGUGUGUGUGUGUGUGUGUGUGUGUGUGUGUGUGUGUGUGUGUGUGUGUGUGUGUGUGUGUGUGUGUGUGUGUGUGUGUGUGUGUGUGUGUGUGUGUGUGUGUGUGUCUAUUCAUGUACAGAUCUGAUCUCUGUUAUCAGAAUGAGAAGUGACGAUCUCAGCAUCAGAGUUGUUAUUGUGAUGGUUUUCCUGUGGCCUGUUCUCGUGUGUCAUCAUGAAGAAAACCAAAGAAAGAUCCGGUCUGCGGCUGAUCCUCAAUCGUCAGGGUCGUGGGGAUCCUGGGGUCCGUGGCGGGACUGUUCCCGUUCCUGUGGUGGAGGACUUCAGGAACAGACAAGAGUUUGUUUGCCUCAUCACGGUCUCCGGUCUUCUGUAAAUCCCACUCCACAGACGGGGAACGCUCACACGUGGAUACCAGCGAACAGACCCGGGGCAGAGGACAGCUCGGGUUUAAAUCCACCCAGACCGAGAGAGCAGAGACCACUGAAUGGAUUAAGGAAAUCCAACAUCAGUCCAGGCACCUACGCUUACGGCAGAGCAUCUUUACAGAAAGAUUUCACGUCCAAGCACAGACAGAGACGCUCUGCAUCAAACAUCUCACGUCACAGAGCCAGAACGCAUCAUAGGAACGUAAACACGCGUCAGCAUCCGGCCCGGGGUCACAUACAGCAGCCCGGUGUGACCCAGACCACAGCGACAUCACUGCUAACCAGACACAACGCUCCGCUCCCAAACACCUCCUGUCCUGGAUCACCAAUCCAACACAAGAUCUGUAACAUCAUGGCCUGUCCGUCAUCAAGCAGACCAAUCAGAGAGCUGCAGUGUUCUGCGUUUAACACACGCCCCUUCAUGGGUCGACUCUAUAAAUGGGAACCUUUUCAUGACGGUGACAAUGAAUCGGAGUGUCAGCUCAACUGUCGGGCGGUCGGCUUUCGUUUCUAUGUCCGUCAAUCUGAUGACAUCAUUGAUGGGACUCCAUGUGAACAGAACAACUCGUCUGUCUGUGUUGCUGGAAAGUGUGAGACGGUGGGCUGUGAUGAUCUGGUGUCUUCAGUGAAGGUUCGUGAUAGAUGUGGUGUCUGUGCUGGAGAUGGCAGAACGUGUAAGCUGAUCUCAGGUCUGUUCCAGCACAGCCUCUCUAAAGUGGGUUACCACAAGAUCGUGGAGAUCCCACUGGGUGCUACUAAAAUAAACAUCACAGAGAUGGUGAAGAGUAGAAACUAUCUGGCUCUGCGCAGCCGGUCUGGCCGAUCCAUUAUUAAUGGAAACUGGGCCAUUGACCGUCCAGGAAUGUACGAGGGAGUAGGAACCAUGUUCACAUACAGACGACCCAAUGAGAUCACCAGCACCGCAGGAGAAUCCUUCUUGGCCGAAGGACCCACCAAUGAGAUCCUGGAUGUCUAUAUGAUCUACCAGCAGCCCAAUCCAGGCGUUCGUUAUGAGUUCCUCAUGCCUUCAGAGAACCCCGGAGACCCUCAGCAUGACGUAAAUGUUAUAAACAGACAGGCUGGUUCUGAUCCGAUCGGCCGGAAGGGUCCAGAGGAACGCGAGCGGUCAGGUGUGAACAGGAAUCCAAAUAAUCAGUUACCUGCUGCUCCUCACCCACAAACACCUAAAGAAUACAACUGGAAAUUCACCGGCACCACAGACUGCAGCGCCUCCUGUGGCAGAGGUAGCAGGUACGGCGUUUUCAGCUGCGUCCAUCGCAUAACGCACGCGCAGGUGUCGAGCGGUCUGUGUGACAGCAGUACCAAACCCAGCCUGCAGGAGGAGCCCUGUAACGUUCAACCGUGCCCGGCAUUCUGGGAUAUCGGCGAGUGGUCCGAGUGCAGUAAAACCUGCGGUCUGGGAACGCAGCAUCGCCAGGUUCUGUGUCGUCAGAUGUACGCCAACCGCACUUUAACCGUGCACGGCAGUCGAUGUCAUCACCUGGAACGACCGGAGAUCAGCAGCACCUGUCAGCUGAAGAUCUGCAGCGAGUGGCAGAUUCGCUCGGAGUGGAGUCCCUGUUCAGUGCCCUGUGGUGUAGGUCAGCGGUCACGGCAGGUGCAUUGUGUCAGUAAUGUUGGUGAUAUUGUGGAGGAUGAGGAGUGCAACAUGCAGCUUCGCCCCGGUGAUGUGGAGAACUGUGAUGUGGGUCCGUGUACAAAAAGCUGGUUCUUCAGUGACUGGGGUUCUCAGUGUUCUGCAGAGUGUGGCGUGGGCAUGCGGACACGCAAUGUUUUGUGUCUCACCAAUCACAUUAGUAGUUUACCUCUGGAGGGUUGUGGAUCUGAGCGCCCCCCAGAGGUGCAAGCCUGUAACAACGGCCCAUGUGAGAGUCGCACGGAGUGGUUUGCAGGACCCUGGAGUCAGUGCUCGGCGGAGUGUGGCCCCGGCGGACAGCAGAGGGCAGUAGUGUGUUUGAUGAGAUCAGAUGUGGGCUUUACUGUGAUGCCCCCGUAUGAAUGUUCAUCUCUGGACAAACCUCUCAGCCAACAGAGCUGCUUCAUCAAAACCUGUGGAGCCAUGUGGUACCACACAGACUGGAGCACGUGCUCAAAGUCGUGUGAUGGUGGUUACCGUGUGCGAGAGGUGCGCUGUAUCUCUGAUCACAUGAUCACCACUGACAGCUGUGAGGAAACAUCAAAGCCACACGUCAAAGAGAUCUGUAACCCUGAGCCCUGCCUUCCUGCGAUUGAUGAGAAAUGCAGAGAUAAAUAUUUCAACUGUAAUGUGGUGGUCCAAGCGCGUCUCUGCGUGUAUGAUUAUUAUAAGUUGGCGUGUUGUGCCUCCUGUACACGUGUAGAGCAGAAGAUGUCUGGACAGCGGAGACACAGAUACAGUCCGUGAAGGUCACUGUCACAUCAGAAGAUCUCAUCACUGCAAGAUAACAGAGACGACUGUUUGUGAAGAGCAUCUGAAGAACAGAAGAGAUGUUCAUGAUCAGAUGAUUGAACUACAGAGGAGAGAUGGACAGCAACUCUUUCUAUGAAGAACAUCAGCAUCACUUCUGAGAGUCAAACUCUUAUUAUUGAUCUCCAGUGGGUUCCUCUGAACACAGAAACAUGUCAUGAUACCUCAAUACUGAAGAACUGCGUUUAUUGCAGGAUUAAAUACUGUAUGUGAAUCAAUCAAUAAACCUGUGAGGUCUCCUAUAGUCAUUAACCAUAGCAGUGAUUCACAGUUGUAAAUAACAAACACAAGCGCAAAACAUUUGCUGUUAAAAAUUUCAUAAGAGAAAUUUAACAACUGGUUACUGGAUAACAAUUUAUUUUUAGAAACACGUUUUUUUUUCUUAACCCCGCUAUUAUAAACUGUGCUCUCUCUUUCUAUGUGUAUUUAUAUUUUACACAAAAUCAGAGUUAUCAACAUCUUUAUAUAUUUACUGUAAACAAAAGGCCAGUCCUAAUAUAUAUAAUCAAAUGUAUGUCAAUAUGAAUCGUGAUAUACUGUCUAAACUCUUAAACGAUAUAAAGUCUUCAUGUCAAAUCAGUCUGAUGUAUUAAUAUCAGUAAUAGAAAGUAUAUCAGUAAUAGUCGUUCAAAUUCACCCCAAAUUGUCUCUUUUUACUGCGGUCAAAUGUAUGGAAGCCCAUUUCCGCAACAAAAAAAAUAAUCAUGCUCUGGUAAGUCAGAAUUAGGAGAUACACUUACUUUAAUAGUAAUAAUUAUAAGAUAAAAGGUGAAAAAAAUGUCGAAAUUAUGAUGUAAACAUUUUUGUUUUGUGCGCACGUGAAAAUAAACACGAUAAUUACACCUGCGCACACGAUAGUUUCGUGUGUACGCGAAACAAAACUUUAUUUUUUUCUCCAUGUCCCCUUAGGGGCUCUGUAUAAAAGUCAUAGUUAUGAGAUAAAAAAAAGUAACAAUUAUGAGAUAAAAAGUAAUAAUUAUGAAAUAAAACAACAAAAUUAUGACUUUAAAAGUCAGGGGUUUUAUCUUCAAAUUUUUGAGUUAAAAAAGUCAUAACUCAAUUAUUUUCAAAAUGAUGACUUUAAAUGUAAUAAUUAUGAGAUGAAAUGUCUAAAUGAUGACUUUAUAAGUAAUAAUUAUGAGACAAAACAUAUAAUUUUGACUUUUG